AUGGCGCCCGCUGCUGCUGCGUCCCGGGUGGCUGUCUCGGCGCCGGUCUUCGGCUCGGAUGGCGGCGCCAGGAGCUCCGGGAUCAAGGGUAACAACAAUGUUGUUAGCUUCGGCAACAAAUCCUGGGUCGGUGGCACAUUGGCCUGGGAGAGCAGCUCGGUGCGGCCCAGGCACGCGAACAAGGUGCUCUGCAUAUCUGUCCAGCAGGCGAGCAAGAGUAAAGUCUCUGUUGCGCCGCUCGAUCUCGAGAGCGCCAAGGAGCCACCUCUCAACACAUACAAGCCCAAGGAGCCCUACACGGCUACCAUUGUCUCGGUGGAGAGGCUAGUCGGCCCCAAAGCUCCCGGGGAGACUUGCCACAUCGUCAUUGACCAUGGUGGCAAUGUGCCGUACUGGGAGGGCCAGAGUUACGGUGUUAUUCCUCCUGGAGAAAACCCCAAAAAGCCUGGAGCCCCACAAAAUGUCCGGCUUUAUUCAAUUGCAUCGACUAGGUAUGGAGAUUACUUUGAUGGAAGAACCGGAAGCUUGUGUGUCCGCCGUGCAGUUUAUUAUGAUCGUGAAACUGGCAAGGAGGAGCCCUCAAAGAAUGGUGUCUGCAGUAAUUUCCUGUGCAACUCAAAACCUGGGGACAAGAUUCAGUUAACAGGUCCCUCUGGCAAAAUAAUGCUUCUACCUGAGGAGGAUCCAAACGCAACCCAUGUCAUGAUUGCUACUGGUACCGGUGUUGCCCCCUUCCGUGGGUACCUGCGUCGCAUGUUCAUGGAAGAUGUCCCGAACUACAGAUUUGGUGGCUUGGCCUGGCUCUUCCUUGGUGUUGCCAAUUCAGACAGCCUUCUGUACGACGAAGAAUUCACCAGCUAUCUUAAGCAGUAUCCAGACAAUUUCAGGUAUGACAAAGCCCUCAGCAGGGAGCAGAAGAACAGGAGCGGUGGCAAGAUGUACGUCCAGGACAAGAUCGAGGAGUACAGCGAUGAAAUUUUCAAGCUUCUGGAUGGUGGCGCGCACAUCUACUUCUGCGGUUUGAAGGGGAUGAUGCCUGGAAUUCAGGACACCCUUAAGAAGGUGGCAGAGCAGAGAGGCGAGAGCUGGGACCAGAAGCUUGCCCAGCUCAAGAAGAACAAGCAAUGGCAUGUUGAGGUCUACUAG